AUGCGGAGUACAGAUACUUGUGUUGAGCAUGAGGUCGAGGUGCGGCCUCGAUUGUCACCAUCAAGGUUUGUGAAGGUUUUCAUGCAGGGUGGAGUUGUUGGGAGGAAGAUAAAUCUGGCCACACACCAGAAUUACGCCUCUUUGUCCUUCACCCUAAAAAGACUAGCGAAUAACUAUUCUAUGCCAUCCUGUGAACUUAAUGGGUUAGUAAACAAUGAAGAUGAUGGUUCAUUAGAUGGCAACAACUUCAUUCUUUUCUAUGAUAAUUUGGACGGUGAUCGUUUCUUCCUUGGUGAAGUCCCAUGGGAGGUUUUCACCAUUUCUGUGAAGAGGAUCUACAUUCUUCCUAUUCCACGGGAAGAAGAGAAUGUUGCGGACAACGAGGAGGAAGAGGAAGAUAGAGAAAAUGGUGAUGACAUUGCUGCUACUUCUGCUCCUCCCCCAGAUGGAGAUGAUAUCCCUGCUAACGACGACGAGGUUGCUGAUGAUGGAGAUGCUACAACCUCUACUCCUGCUGAUAGAGCUACUGAGGAGUAG